AUGGUCUACGCCUUCAACAACUGGCACGACGUUUCCUGGGGCACCAAGGGCUCCGACAAGGCCGAUACCCUGCCCUCUGCCAAGGUGCUGAUCGGGAAGGAUGCCGACAGCGGUGUCAUGGUCGAAGAGCCGGAGAGGGAGCAGGAGGACAUCGACUCUCAGUUCAAGAAGACGGUGUACCGCGCCCUCGCCCCUUACGAAGAGCGCCCCGAAGACGAGAAGAAGGAUCCUGAAGAUUCGUACCGUUCCUUCCGAACGGGUUUGGUUAUCUUUUGGCUUCUGACCAACUUGGUCAUCAUCACCGCCGUGACGAGCAAUGACUUUGAGUCUCUGGGUGUGCCGGCUGCAUCCAAGGGCCGAACCCCAAUCUACUUUAGGGUUCUCCUGUAUUCCACUGCUGCGCUAUCCCUUGUCCGCUUUAUCGGAUUCUUGUGGUUCCUGGGAAGAACUGGCCUCAUGGCAUUCGUCGCCCGGAGGUAG